UCCGUGGCGAACGCGUGGAUUAGUUUGCGGUGAUGUGAUCUGUAGAAAGUUGAAAGGGUUUGUGUACGGGUAGAAACAACAUUAUAUUAGAUAUCAGUGGCGGAAUUUAAGGAGUUGGCCAUUUAAUUUUAAACGUGUUUGUUUAGUGGCAGUGUGACUAGCUGGAUGUUUUGAAGACUUUUGUACGUGAAAGGUUGUGCUUUCCCAUAUAGCAAACCUGAGAACCUUUAACAACCAGAAUUAGAAUAAACAUGCAGUUGUAUAGUUUGUGAUAUGUUCAAGAUUGUGUGUAGUCUGGAAAUAAGUGAGCUGUCGUCAGACUUUGAAAUACUUUCAACAUUACCAAACACAUUAUUAUAUACGACUGAUUAACAUAUUUCUGCAGUAUUGUUCCUGAACUGUUUUGGUUAUAAAAACAUACUUAAAUAUAAAUUCCCAAGAGCUAAUUUGUAACUUUAUAUAGGAAAUAUAUCAAGAGUAUUAAUUACUAUGUGAAAGUUUGUUACGCUCGACGAAACGAUUUCAGUGGCAGUGACAUCCCAACAGAGAAAUUCAGAACCGUGUAAAGAAUUGAAAAGUGCAGUAGAAUGUAGCGAAACGAUAUUGGGGGCCUGAAAGAACAUUGCAUGUUGCAACCUCGAGUUUCCGUGAAAGUUGCUGACUGGAAAUUUUGGUGUCUUCAAUUUCAGAAUCCAGAUAUGUGAAGAACGGCGUGUGUUUUGUGUAUCGAUUUGUGUGUUUACAUCCGUCUGGAACGAUGAGACACGCGGCGCCGGAUUUGACGUCGGGACGUCUGUUGCCUGUCGUCGCGACGCUCCUCUGCUUUUGUUCCCUGUCAACCCAAAUAGGUCAGCAGUUCUACUACACCAACUUCCAGCAGCCACCGUCACCGCCGCAAUACGAGGACUUCUUCCAGCCUCGAACCUCGGACCCGUACAAUCCAUACCGGCACUCCCCGUUUCCAGUGAGCAGCAGCGCCCCGCAGUCAUUCUCAGCGUUCCAGCAGGGAUCACAGUUGUAUCCGCAUCGCGCGCCGUCCUUCCUAGACCAGAUCACUUUAAAUCCUGGCGGAUUUUCCAGAGACCAGCGCCUGCUGCACGCCUACCCCUCAGAGCUGAACCAGCCCCCGUCCACCCCUCUACCACCACAUGUCUAUCCCUCAAACUCUCCCACCUCGCUAGCCUACCCUUCAAACCCCGCAGCAUCACAGGACUUCCCCUCGGAACCCGAUGACCUUGGUUUCAGCACCUUUGUGGACCAGAACCUGGAGUUCGACGACAGCCCGACAGAGGACCCCAAGUCGGCCCCCAACCCCAGACAGAAGGAUCGGACAGGAGAUUCGGUGCUGAGAAGGAAGCCGGGCACCCGACCUCAGGCCGGGUCGCGGAGCAACUUGUUAUCACCUCAAAGAACUCGAGGUCAAUCGACGAUUGAAAACAUCAAAAAUGCACCCCGAGAGGAUCACGCCAGGCUCCAUCCGCAGUACCAGAGCACGAGCUCGCCCCGGACCCGCGGGCGAUUCACUCCCACUACAAAAGCACCUGUUAAAGUGCGUCAGUUCUACAUCAGACCCAGUAAGGUGCCCUUUACUCCCAGGAGACCUCUGCGCCCGACAUCCACCUCAGAAGCUGCCGAGUUUGACGAGUCUCGAGGUCUGGAGGACUCCAAUCCUCCGGUAGAGUUAUCUGCACACCAGAAAUAUAGUUCUGAUCCGUCUGGUUUUGAGGACUCUGUACAGCCAGUAGAUAGUUCUGAGGACUUUGGGAGCCGAAAGCCCUCUGGUUCUGACAUACUUGUAGUGCCAGGAAAUAGUUCUGAGCAGUCUGGGAGCCUGGUACCCACUGUUUCUGACGACACCUCUAUUGGAAGAAACCAAGAACAGGUUCCACACAACUCCACGCUAACUGCGGACUCACACGAGGUCACGACGUUUCUACAUGACGUGCAAGACACCACGGACCCUGUGACUGGACACAAAGUUACCACCGACUUUGACGACGUGACGGCCACAUUGCAUGAAGAGCCCACCACCGUGAAGAAGGAAGAAAUGCCCGAGCAACAACAUGUACGUGACAUCGAGAACAACAGUAGUACGUUUGAAGUCCUGACAAUGAACCCACGCCAUACACUAGUUGAGGAAGACAACUUUCGCGGUUUUGUUGACAGCAUUUUGAUCGAUGCAACAGACGCCCCGCACGUGUCAACUGUUUCGGAAAGCAUAAUGACCGAAGAUGCCUCCAGCGAAGUCACACUGAAAGAGCUAGACGGCUCCUACGAACCAUCCACUCAGAAACCGCUAGACAUUUCCACGGUAACUGUAUUGAAUUCCAAAGCGCCUAACUCUUUCACGGUAAGCAGCCGGGACUCAAAAUUACUGGGAGUUUCCAUGGUUACAACUCUCGAUUCCAGACCGUUGGGCGUUUCUGUGGUAACCACAAAGAGCGUCAUAAAUGGCACAAUGUUCGCAGUCCCCUCUGUAGCCCCACCCAUUCUCGAGCAGAUGGCAACUCCGGUCCCGGCAAAGGUGCAACCGGAACUGACGCAGCCAACAGAGAGCUGGGUGGUGGUCGCAUCGGUGCAGACCAGCAGAAGUGUGUCUGGGGCCAGGUUCCUGCCCUCGAGUGCGGUCAAGCAGGAAGAGAGACCCAAGUCACUCUCGGGAAAGACGGUACCGAGUUCGAAGCCCCCACACAGCACGGAAAGUAUUAUUGAUAAGUAUCGUGUUGAGUCAGAGUUAUCCAGCGGAAUAUUAACAUGGGGCUUCAGGCCGGAGGGCAAGAAACUGCAGCUGAAAGUACUCACUGACAUGACAGACACCAACACGACCACGCCCAUUUCCACUACAACGUACAAAUCUCCUGUGUUCAUUCGCAAGUUCUCUCCCAAUUCGGGCCGAACAACGCCUAGACCGAACAAACUCGCCACCCUAUUCGAUACCAUCCCGAUGGAUGACUUGUCGCGUUUGCUUCCUUCGGGAUUCAAACAGAGAAUUUCAACAAAUCGUCGGACCACAACCCCAAAGCAUAUUGACCCACUGGACUACCCUCAAGGAGACGAACCGGUGAAGCCCAACAGUACCAGCUCCAGAUCGUCCGGUCUCAGUAGUGCGAAGAACAAGAUCAAAGUGGAGGACUCCAGCUCCAUAGAGAAACCACCCAAGAAACUAGAAGAUUUUUUAAGCAAGAUAAAGUUUGACGACGUCAGCGCUUUCCUGCCGCCAGGGUUCAAACCGCAAGCGAUGGAGCCAAACACGACAACAGAAAAGUCAAGCGGUGUGGAGGACCUGUUAAGUAAAGCGCGGCCCGUAGAUGUCAGCGCUUUCCUACCGCCAGGGUUCAAACUGACGACAGAAAAACCAUCGACGACAACAGCGAAACCUAAGGGCGUGGAGGGUCUUUUAAGCAAGGCUCGGCCGGUAGAUGUCAGCGCUUUCCUACCACCAGGGUUCAAGCUAACGACAGAAAAGUCAUCGACCACGAUAACAAAACCUAAGGGCGUGGAGGGUCUUUUAAGCAAGGCUCGGCCGGUAGAUGUCAGCGCUUUCCUACCACCAGGGUUCAAGCUGACGACAGAAAAGUCAUCAUCGACGACAGCGAAGCCUAGCGGCGUGGAGGGUCUUUUAAGCAAGGCUCGGCCGGUAGAUGUCAGCGCCUUCCUACCACCAGGGUUCAAAUUGACGACAGAAAAGUCUUCGUCGACGACAGCGAAGUCUCGCGGCUUGGAGGGUUUGUUAAGCAAGGCUCAACCGGUAGAUGUCAGUGCUUUCUUGCCACCAGGCUUCAAAUUCUCAAGUACGACCGAGAAAUCCGCCGUGGAAUAUCUGCUUGGCAAAGAAGAGUUGGAAGUUGUCGCCACACUGGUUCCACCUGGCUUUGCGAAAGAGAAUUCCACGACCACCGAGGCGACAACACCUGCAGAUGUGAUCAGAGUGAAGUUCCCCACCAGAGUGGGCGUAACCCGCAAACCACUCCUGCCCGCACACAAGCCCAUCCAGGGGCCGGCUGUUCAGAAACCUAAGAUCAGCACAGGGUGGCCCACAAGGGCCACCACUGAGUUCACGGGCUGGCCCACACCAUCCACCACUCCCAUCCCCCUAGAAAGACUGUUGGAGAUAGCCAAGACAGCAGUGACCAGCAGCAGCACCACAACCAGCACCACAACCACCACUACCACUAGCACAACGACAACUACCACCACCCCUCGUCCAACAACCCCAGGAAUGUGCACUGAAUACUGUGACCUGGCAGGCACUGUGAAGCUGGUGGGGGGUGUGACAUGGGUGCCGGAACUGCUGGACCACAACACUGAGGAGUGGCAGCAGCUGGCCUCUGAGAUUCAGGAACAGCUGGAGACAGCAUACCGCAAGUCGGACUCACUCAGCAGAUGGUUCAGGAAGGUCAGAAUUGACUCCUUCAGUGACAGCACCAGUGUGAAUGCGGUGGGCUCCGAGCAAGAGGUGAGCAGCGUACUGGUGGACUACUUCGUGGAGCUCGCAGAUGUUGGGCACCAUAUUGACACGCAGGAGAUCAAACAACUGUUUCACAGUAGCCUGUCAGCCGACACUGAGUCUGUGAUCAGCGGUAGGCUGCAGCUAGGAAGCUUUGUGGUGGAUCCCAAGUUCACAGACUUCAUAGUGCUAACAAAGCAGGUGAUACCAACUGUGGGAUAUGCAGAUGAAGAUGUGUUCUUGCCACAGUGGGCUAUUGCUGGAAUUGUAAUUGGGUUGGCAUCCCUGUUAUUUGUCAUCAUUUUUGGUGUCACUGUUCUUGUGAACCGCAAAAAAAACAAGAAGAAGAAGUCACCCACUCCGCUGACUGAGGACAUGCUGAACGAACUAAAUAAAAAUCACAUGGGUGGCCUUGACAACUACGCAGCAGAUGACCUAUACAACAUGGAUGAUGUUUGGAAUGACAAGCCUCCAAUGAAGCGGUCAUCGGGAUCCCUGCAGGAGAACAGUAUGUCAAACCUGUAUGACAGCUGGCGGUCAGAGUGGAAUGGCUAUUACUACAAUGCAUACUAUGGGAAUGGUAAUGCUGGUAGCAGCACAAGUGGAUACUCACGCAGACGUUCAGAUUAUGACACCAACUUCUGAAUGGCACCAACAUGUAAUGUGUGUUUUGACUGAGCUCUUGUAAGUUUGCCACAUUCAAGAGCUUGUGUAUCCCAGGAUACACAGAACUGUGUGAUCAGUGCACUUUGAAAUGUCAAGUAUGCCAGAGGAUACAGAUCUCUUCUAAUUAAAAAAAGAGGUUCUAAAUGUAUUGUUAAUAUUGAAUGUGCAUGUUGAAACAUUUUUUCAGUAUUCCAUAUUUUAUAUGAAGCUAGGAUAGCUUAUUUAUAUCUUACACUCUCUCAUCACUGUGAGACAUACCACAAGUCCAAAGUCUAAAAAGAAUUUUGUCCUUCCAUAUAAGUUUUAUAUUUUAAUUGUGUUAAGAAAGGCUCAGCUGUGCUCAGUAUGGUUUGACUGUACUGUGCCCAUGUCAAGACAUGGGACACAUGGGAACCCUGGUUGUGCAUUUCCUGCUGUAAGUGUGGCAGCUCUGCUGUUUCUUUUCCUUGUCCUGAAUGGUGGACUUAUCUUUACAGCAGGUAAAAUUCCAGAAGAAAGAUUUAAAUAUGAAUGUUUCAAUAUCCAAGAGAACUUUCAGUGUGUCUCAUAUUUAAUAAUGUUGCACUACAUGUGCAGCCAUUGUGAUAGUCCCCUAAUUGUACUUACAUCAUAUUACGAUGACAGGAAACUCAAUGAGUGCCAUUCAAGAGUGGUUGUACAUAUUUUUCUACAUAAUUAGUGUAUAUAAAUAGAAGAGUUAGGUUAUUUUCCAUAAUGAUUUAAGAUGAGGAAACUUGUUAAAUGUAGCUGACUGAAGUUGAUGUAGAAUUCUGCAGACAGGAAUACAUACAUCCCGGCUAAAACUCCAGAUGUGUGGUUUGCCUAUGUGAUUUGAUUUGUUGCUUCUUAUACAGAAUUUUAAAGGUUACAUUGGAAGUUUAUCGAUAUAGGAGUGAUCACAUUAUAUUCAAGACUGUCAGAAUGAGAUUUCUGGUGUGAAACUUGGUGUGACACUUUUAUUUUGGAGUAACAUCUUUUUUAUUUUGUAAAAGUAAUUUAUUGUAUGCUAUUGUAUCAACCCUUUGUUGUUGAUAAUGAAGUAAGGAUUUAUUAUAUGAUAGAAGAAGUGUUACAGAAACAGCAGAAAAUGAAUUCCACUGCAGCUUGGACACCCAUGCGCAUAUCUGUUACAUCAUGAACUCAUGUCCAGUUUGCGAAAGUUGACAUGAGUAUUGAUACAAAGUGUGAGUCUUGCAAGAAGUCCUAUGGGUUUUAUUUUGACUGUAAGUGUGAAGUGUUUAUCCUAAAACUGCAGGUUUCCUUGGUUAAUGAUAGUCACGUUGAUUUCAACUCUUCAAGUGUCUUCAUAAUUUCUAAAAAAAUGGCUCUCUGUUUUGAUCCGAAAGUUAUUUUUCAAGUUUGGAAGCCCAGCAGUUUAAUUCCAGUGACAUAGUAGCAGAUACAAUGUGUAUAUUCACUUCUGCUCAUAGUGCUAUAUAGCCUGUUUCAGAAACUGAAUAAAACUGACAGCAGAGUCAUCUGUGCCCACAAUAAGAAGCAGAAGAUGUCUGUCCUGAUUAUCAUGUAUGCAAAUCACAUGCAAGAUAAAUCCAGACUCUGUGAUCCAUCUGGACCUGUUUUAUCAGCAUACCUUACUUACUGGGUCUGCCUUAGUUCCUCAUCAUGAAGCCUAGAAGUGUUGCUUCUGCCGCAGACUUUUGGUGUCAUGGAACAAAUUGCAUCUGAAAAAUAUGUACCAAGUAACCAAAAUUUUGUUUAUUUAGCAGAACCAUCCUGCUAUUGCAGGACUGCCAACUUCUUUGUAUUUCAACAGAUUUAUCCUAAUGAUGAAAUUCAGGCUAAUUAGCUUGUAUUGAUGCUGAAACAUAAUACAUUAAUUUGAUCAAUUGCAUUGAUGCUACUUGAUGUGUCACCUUGGGUCAAGCAGAGAGAUGUAUCACCAUUCAUAUGUAGCCUACUCUUAAAUUUCCAUACUUCAGUGAGUGAAGGGCUUAAAGCAAUCUGUUGUGUGUUUGUGUGCAGGUGGCAAAUGUUAAGACAACAAGUAUUGCAUGUUGCAGUAGUAUAUUAUGUAGGAAUAUUUAAUUUCUGUGACUGCGUGGGAUGUGUUAUUUAUUGUAUAUACAUGAAGCUCUCUACAGUUAUUGCUUUGACCAGAAUUUCACAAACUUCAGCCUGUCACAGCCCUUCAUGUGAGAGAUAUUUGCUUUUCAUAUCAUCUUCAGAAGAAGCUAUAGAUUUUUUUGUAUUGUUAGCUUCUGUACUCAGACGAAUUAUCAAUUGAGAGUUUGUGCAAUAUUAGCCAAAAUUUCUAUGCAGUCAUGAAUGAUGACUGGAGGGGAAUUUCAAAGGAAGUAGCAACAGACCUGGUCUCUUAGUUGGGAUCCAAACUAAGGACUGCUGCUGGAAUGCCUCACAUUUUCUGGCAGAAAGCCACCUUUUGCACAUUCAUAUUUGUUGCCAGCAUUCCAAAUAUGUAACUGUAAUCAUGCAGAGUUUAACACUUCUUGCAGUUUAUGUCACAUAAGUAUUCAGCUGUGUUGAAACUGAAGGUUUGUGAAGUCUUGGUCAUCAUAGAUAUUUGCAUGUUGUGUAUGGUAUUGCCCUAUUUUUGAGAAAUAUAUUCUGUCAGAAUGUCUCUUAUUUCUUGCUGCUGUUUGUUCCAGAUCUCCAGAUGUUCAUACAAGCCAGCAGUCCUCAACCUUUGGGGCAUAUGUCCCUAAAUGUUUCAUGAGAUGCCCUAGGAAAAUUUUUCAGAAGACAUACAGGGGAGUACAAAUAUAGCUCCACCAUUCUUGACCUGACACUAGAUGGAAGUGAGUGGUCAGCUUCAUGCCCUGGCUGUUUUACCCCUGGGGAAAGAGACCCUAGUCAGUACCCACUAAAUACGAGUAGGAAGCUGGGUGGUCCCAGAGCUGGUCUGGAUGGUGAGGAGAGAGAUACCUCUUGCCUCAGCUGGGAAUUGAACCCCAGCCAUUCAGCCUGCUGCUAUACUGGCUCCACCACAUAAGAGGUCCAAACCUUUAACUGCCCAGCAUAAACCCUGCAUAAUAAAAUCCAAGCUUUAACAAUCAAAGACUUGCAUUGCAUGCUGGAAUGGUUUCCUUUUUCAGAGAGAAAUCAUACAUGGAACAUGUGUAAGGCUUAACCUUGAUGAUCUGAAUGUUCAUGUGGAAAGAGAUGUAUAAGAGAGAACUGAUGAAUGAAACAAAUAAUUCUGCUGGAAAUUCAUGGCAUUAUGAAAUUUGGAGACCAGUCAUAUAACCAAUGCAAAAAAAUUAACCAGAGUCCCUCAGAAUGGUCUUACUGUUGUUACAUUGUGAAUAUUAGACUGCAUCAUGCAGCCACACUGCAAGAAGCACCCACAUAGUUAUACUUCUUUGCUGCAGAAUCUAGCCAGUCUCACGCUGCGGUGUGUGGCCAGAGAUUUAAACUGCUCAGUGCUCACAGAAUUUAACUGUUCAUGCUACUGCUAUAAUGUGACCACAGAGCUGGCCUGUAGUAGUUAAAAGCACACUAUGCAGUGUAACAAGAGCAUUGUAUUACUCACUGUAUUCACACACCUACCCAGCUUUACACAGAAUAAUGUACCCAGAAAUUUAAAAUACACAGUGUAGAGACAAUUUUAUACGCUGUGAUAUAUCAACAUAUAUACCCUUCAUAACAGCCAGGGUUUUACAGUGUAUGUGGAGACUUGUUAGAUUUCAUAGAGCUCAGUAUAUCCCCAGCUGUACCUUGCAGAGCUACAAACUUCACAGUGCAGUCAGAGCUCUAGCCUGCUUAGGGCAUGUACACACAGUGCGACAUCAGUCGUGCAGAAAAAUAUACUAUUUUUUUUGCUGUACGACCUUUUCACACUAGAGCAACGUUGUCUGCACCGAAUCGCAGUUUUGAUGAAGGAACAAUGAAUGAUGGACCAAGAGCGUGUACUUGCUAUGUGAUAUUUUCACUGACACUGAAAAGAAAAAUGGAGGCAGUAGGAAAGAUUGCACCGGGUGCAUCCCAUCAAUCAACCAGGUGGUUUGGUCAGACUGCUUUCCGACUGUCGUACGGUAGAUGUCACAUGUCGUCACGUAUGAAAGCUAAGACUACACUUUGUAUUCUACUACUUGAUGCAACAUGAACUGCAUAGACGUUGUAUGGCCGAUGUCGCUGUGUGUGUGUGUACGUGCCCUUGGUGUAUCCACAACUUACCGUGUGUUCUGUAUAGCCCUCAACCUGCUAUUCCCCCUAGCCCUCUUAAUAUUAAACAAUUUCCCCUUUAGCUUGUAUUAGUCCUGCUUGCUGUUAUUCAUGUUCUUUGCCAUUACAGUUCUCUAAACAUUCCCCAGCAGCAACUCCAACCUGAUGGUCCCCACCACCUUCCACAUAUCCAAUUUGCAGCCCUUCAGUUUAAACCCCACUACUCCAAAGGUGCAUUCCUGCCUGAAAAUGAAACUAGUUCAUCACAUAUAUGCCUUAUCUGCUACCUGGUCCCCAACCAGACAGCCCAUGAUUAAUUACUUUAACUCCAUUCACAGGUCUGUUUUCAUAUCUCUUUCCUGCCAUCUGUUGGCCCAGUACAUCUCCAGCCACCCUUCAAACUCUUGUCAUGUGGUUACCCUUCCAUUCUCUUCUCUCUGUGCUGAGAUGCCAUGCAGAUCAGUAUUUCACAUCUCGCUCUGUCAAAGGAGUGGUUAUUGGGUUAUAAAUGCAGACCAAUCUUCAUUCACAGUAACCUCAUGUGUUUUCUGUUCAACAUGUUACAUCACAUGUUCUUUACUUCCUGUCUUUUCUCCUUCUCCCCACUACUGAAACUUAUGUAACUAUAAUUUUUGUGCAGAAUACAAUCUCCUAUGAACCGAGAACACUCAGUGCUUCGUUUCAUAAACAGAUUCAGCCUUCAGUGUAACUAACUAGAAGCAGAAUAAUUCAAAUUAGCAUUUCAACUUGAUUUCCAAAUAGCCAUGUUCUCAUAAUACAGCUGCAGACAAGAUAUCUCGGUUGCUAUGGCAGCAUUAUCAGAGUUUGAUUCCUACCAUGAAAAAGAGCUCUUAUCUCUUCUGCACAGCAGCGUAUCUAGUAGGCAGUGUAUAAUAUGGAAGAACUAUGCUACCAUCAACACAACAAUGUUUCAGUUACUACAUUUAGAUCUUUAUUACUAGUAGGCACCUGAAGCCGCAGGUUCUGUGGAGGUAAAACGGCCAGGGUGGGAAGCUGACCACUAACCUACAUUUACUGCUGAAUAUAUGAAUGUGUGGAGCCAUAUCUCUACUUUCCCAUACAUCUUCAUGGCAUGAUACUUAAUUGUUUUAUGUAAUACAAGUAGAUGAUGCUGAGUCUCAAAUGAAUAGUUUACUUAUUCAGCCAUUUCUAAUGAUACAAUUUAAAAAAAUAAUCAAAUUUUUAACAUUCUCAAUUUUUGGUUAUGUAACCAACUGACAAACUGAAAUGUAGGUAGCAACAUGUACAGUGAAUUGUCAGUUUGUACAGAUGAGGGUUAUGUUUUGUAAAUUUAUUCAAAGAAAUAAUUGUAGAGUGUUGUUUUCCAUUUGUGGGCAAAGCCAUAUGUUGUAUCUUCAUAUGUAGAGGUGGUUUCUCUUCUGAAUGUGCAGUCCAAACACACAGUAUGACAUACGAGUACACCUCUGAUGAGGCUGUACUCAUUUAUGAAAUUAAAGAAAAUGACAUGCCCCUUUU